UUUAAAAUCUUCCUGACUACCAAUGCCGAAUCAGACGUGCCCUGGAUUUACGCAGUCUUCAUGGCCAAUGAGCAGCCGGAGGUUGUUAUUCCCGAGCACGAACAAAUUCGCAUGCUUAAUGCAAACAACACUCGAUGGUUGCCAGAACAACAUGCCCAGCGGAAAAAGGGGGUGGUAGCUGCUCUAAUUUCCAACAUGAAUCCCAGUAAUAAAAGGAUGGAAUACAUUGCUGAACUCGCGAAAUACAUCAAAGUUGACCUCUACGGUCGAGGGCGGCGACCCUGUUCACGCGAAGGUGAUUCCUGUCUGCGAAACCUAGCACGUCAGUAUAAAUUUUAUCUUGCAUUUGAAAAUGCACAUUGCCAGUACUAUAUGACGGAGAAGCUCUUCAAGAACGCAUUGUUGUUUGGUAUGGUGCCGGUGGUGUUAGGCGCUCCACGAGAAGAUUACUGCAGGUUGGCGCCGCCAAAUGCUUUCAUGCACGUGGAGGAUUUUUCAUCUCCUGCCAAGUUGGCAAGCUAUCUACAUUGGCUUGACAGGAAUAACACCGCUUACGCGUCCUACUUUGCCUGGAAAGCCUAUGGAAAAGUUGUGGUGAGAUGCUUUGUCCUCUAUCGUUUAACAUUUAGUUGCCGCGAAAUUCGUUUGGAAUAA